UUGUUUGGAUUAGCCGUUAAAAAGUUUGCGAAAUGCACAACACUGAAUUGAAUCAAACGCUUUGUCAAGUAACUGAAGUGUUUUAUUUCCUACGCAUGUGGACAAGGAAGGAAGAAUCAAAUUCAUUCAAAAUCGGACGGACAUUAUUUUUCUUGAUAUACUAUUCGUUAUUUCAAAUACUACUCGUUACAUGUUCCGUUCUGAGUCCAGACGCUAAUGAAGCAAUUUUUCUGGCUACAGUUGAAGUUUUUAUUCUGGUCGUUACAAUAAAGGUGAAGUGCCUUCUUUGGAAUAAGGACGAUAUGUGCAGCUUCAUUUUCGAUCCAAUUACAACGCAUUCAAUUCUUGACGUUGACACCACCGAGCUCGUCGAUAAGGACAUUACAUUUUUUCUGAAAUUUAUACAAUUCUAUCUGGCAAUAAACUGCAGUUCCGUCAUUUCAAUUGCAGUUGGAGCUCUUCCAAUGAUUACGAACGAUCGAAAGUUGCCGCUUUUCAUAAGCUAUAAGUUGGACUUGGAAGGACUAUACUCCGAUUAUGUUUAUUGGACAGCGUACGUAUUCGUUGUUUCGGAAGUAUUCCUGGGUAUCAUCUUCACCCUCAGUAAUAUACUGAUUUGGUAUGCAAUGUUCAACUAUUCCUUGGAGUAUCAAGUGAUUGGUAGUCAGAUGAAACAACUUGGGAAAAACAGAUUGGGAAGAACCGAUUUUCAACGUGAUCUAAUUCAAGUGAUCAAAAACCAUCGAAAUUUAUCUAAGACAAUUGCUCGGUUUCAUUCAUGCUUCUCUAAAUUGUUUACGGUUCAAACUGCCACGAGUGGUGUAACUAUUUGCGUUUCUGCGUACAUUUUGGCAAACAGUUCGACUGAGAAUGCACUACAAAUUCCAGUUUUUGCGGUCAUUUUGUUUUACGCCAUAUUCGAAAUACUUGUCGUAAUGUAUCUUGCAAAUAACAUUCACGUAACCAGCGCUAAAUUGUCUUAUUACCUAUUCGAAUCCAACUGGAUUGGGCAGUCAACCGCGUCAUUAAAAUGCAUUCUGGUUCUGGGGGAAGUUGUGCGACGGCCUCAACAAAUUGUGAUUCUAAAAGUUGUUCCGGUGAAUUUACAUACUUUUUGUGUGAUCAUGAAGGGGGCAUACAAUUUGUUCAAUAUUUUGCAAAAUUUGAACUGA